AUGUCUGUUGAGAUCGAUCCUCAGGAGCUCGGCUUCCAUCGGCCAUUCACGGCAGAAGUUUCGGAAGUCUUACGGAUCAGAAACCCGAAUUCUCACCCGGUAGCCUUCAAGGUGAAAACCACCGCACCGAAGCAGUACUGCGUCAGGCCUAAUUCUGGCCGGGUCGAGCCUGGCAAAGAGGUGGAAGUUUCAGUCAUCCUCCAGGCCAUGAAGCAGGAGCCUCCUCCCGAUACGAAAUGCCGAGACAAAUUCUUAGUCCAGUCGGUCCCCAUCACUGGAGACAAGGAAUUCGCCAACCUAGCAUCUAUCUGGGACGGUAUUGAGAAAUCAUCGAUACAAGAGAAGAAGAUUCGGGUUAUCUUCAUGCCCCCCGUAGGCGCUCCUGCUGGCACUAGUCAGCUUGAGACUCCCGUCAAGCCUUCCGCAGCCAACGGCGCAACGGCAGACGUUGCUCCUCCUGCCUACUCCUCUCCUGGUGACUAUUCAACUAGCCAAAUAGACGCCAAGACUGAGAACAGCGAGGUCAAGCGCGAGGAGCUCUCGGCAACCGCAGCGAUUGCGACCACUCAGAGCAGUGACCUAAGCCCCGACGAACUGAAGCAGCAACUCAUCCAAGCCGAAAAGGUAAUCGCACAACUGAAGCAAGACCAGGAAGGUUUACGACAGCGUAAGACGGCGGGUACGGACAAUACCAGCCCCAAGCCUGCUGCGUUAGCUCAGGCAGCGCCAGCUGGUACUGAAGGUGUGCCGAUCAAGCUUGCGGCGAUCCUUUGUUUCCUGAGCUUCAUGCUCGCGUAUCUAUUCUUUUGA